ACUCCAGACUCUCUCUCUCUCUCUCUCUCUCUCUCUCUCAUACUUUUCCUUUCAAUUUUACUCGCAAUCCUUCUGACUUCGAACAUUUUAAACCUGCUUUAAUGGCGUCUGCAACUUCUUUCCUCGCUCCCUGCAACUUCCUCCCCACUGUUACUGCAACCAAAAAAACCCUAGCUUCUCUUUCCCCCAGCUCCAAACCUCCUUCUGUUCCUCAAGGAACUCUAAUUCUCUUUACUCGCUUCUUCAUCCCCUCUGCAACUCACCCUAAAGCCAUAAUUUCCCAUCCUCCAGCUCAUAAUUCGUCUGCAACUGCAAAACCAUUCUGCUGCAAAUCCAUUGGUGUCUCAAAAGAGGAUAAAUCCACACCUGACGAAUCGAACUCCAAAGCUCCAUUAAACCUCGAAACCUUAGACGAGAAUGAUCAGGUCAAUCUUGAAACCCUAGAUGAGAAGCCUCAGGUUGAUCUUCGAAGGUUUGAAGAGAAAUUUGUGGUGUUAAACACUGGAAUAUAUGAGUGUGGGUCCUGUGGUUACAGAUAUGAUGAAAACCUAGGCGAUCCUUCUUAUCCUGUACCUCCUGGUAUGCCAUUCUCGAAAUUGCCCGAUGACUGGAGAUGCCCAACUUGUGGAGCUGCUCGGUCUUUCUUCAAGAGCAAGAGCGUGGAGAUUGCAGGGUUCGCGCAAAACCAACAGUUUGGAUUUGGGGGAAAUGCAUUGACAUCUGGUCAGAAAGCUAUAUUGAUUUAUGGAAGCUUGUUCUUUUUCUUUGUACUCUUCCUCUCGGGUUAUUUUAUACAGUGAGUUGUUUAGGCCACUGUGAGAUGUGCAAUUUCUCUCUGUUAUGUAUUUUUUUUCUGUACAUUUUACCCAUCGAAAACCAAGAAGAAAUCACUAAAAUUUUUCAUAUA